AAGUAUCAUGCUCUUGUCCCAGUCCAUACACUGGGCCUGUGUGUGAAAUGCGAUCAGAUCCCAGUAAAGACAGUGAGCUGAAAGACAUCCUAGGAGCUGCUAUUGGUGGUGGAGGGGCCUUCCUCCUUGUGAUGUUGAUUGUCAUUGGAUGUGUAGUAAUGAGAAGGAAAAAGGACAAAAAAAGAUACAUGAAAUCUAUGCAAAGUUACACCUCUGAACCUGCACCAUUCAUGAGUGCUAUGGAGCAUGUGCCAUAUCUGGCCCACAAGAGUCACUACUUGAAUCCAGUGUAUGACAACCGGGAUGUAAUGGACUUUUAUGACCCAAUGGGAAGUGGCAUGUUUGACAGACCAUAUAAUGCUGUGACCCCUAAAGAAGACGACGAUCUGACAGACCCCAGCGUCUACAGAUCGACUGUUGGUUCUACUUCGCCCAAACAUCAAGGACUCUUCGUGGAUUAGGCUUGAGCUGACACUGACAGUAAAUACAACUCCUGAAAAAGAGUAAUGAUGAGUACAAUGACAUUUCUAUAUUAAUCAAUACCAUGCAGUAUCAUUUCUAUAUGAAAUGGAUAAAUAAUACAGCUAACUUGGAAAUAAUGUGGAAAUUCAACAAACAAAUUACCUGCAAUUUAAUUUUAAAAAUAACUGUUAGGAAGUAAUAUAUAUGUACGUUUUUGAGGCUAUGGGGUAUAUUAAUUAUUUUGUUGUCUUGGUGUUUAUUAUUCAGGUCAAAAUUUUCAUUUAUCACUUUAUUUAGAUCAGUUUUAUAUUGUGGGUAUUUUCAUAAUACCUAAUUAAAUAGAAUUUCUUUAGGGGUCGUUCAGAUAUUAUGUAAUGCUAGACCAUAACCCCCAAAAUAAUGUUUGGAGACAUUCCCCUACUAUACUAACCCCUUCAUAAACAAGCCAUUUUACACGAUGGGUAUAAUAAUACAAUGAUUCCAUUUAUUGUAACAUAAUGCUUUGCAAUCUGGGGAAGCAAUUUGUAGUCUUACGAACAGUAAUAAUAUGUUGCUAUAUUUUAAAAUUAAUAUUAUUUGAAUACCAGUACAUAUUAUACUCAUUUAUCAAAUUGGUGUUAAAGAGAAAGUCAUAUAUUUGUCUUUAUGUAUUAUUUAGUGAUGCAUAUCUGUUUGUAAUACAUGUAUAUUAAACACAAAUAACACUUCCUUGUAAAUGUGGUAAGACAAAAAGUGAAAGGUUUUAAAAAUUAAUAACAAGUGUUUAAAAAUACUUAAAUUAGGGUUAAAUAUUUUGUAUGUUAAAUGUUUUUUGGACACAUUUGUUUGGUGUUUUUGUCCUUGUUUAGUGUAAGGCCUGCUUUCUUCCCAUUAAUGCGAUUUCGCACGCGUUUUUACGCUUGAGUUUAUUUAUACAAUGCAGUUACAUAGUACCUGUCCCAUGUACGCGCAGUGACAUAAUAGCGUGAAGUGUUUAGUGUAAGGCUUGGUUUCUAUCAAUGCGAUUUCGCACGUGUUUCUACGCUUGAGUUUAUUGAUACAGUGCAGUUACAUAGUACCUGUUCCAUGUACGCGCAGUGACAUAAUAGCGUGAAGUGUUUAGUGUAAGGCUUGGUUUCUAUCAAUGUGAUUUCGCACGCAUUUCCAUGCAUGAGUUUAUCGAUACAAUGCAGUUACGUAGUACCGUUUCCAUAUACAUGCGGUGACGUCAUAGUGUGAAGCGUUUACUUUUGGCUUGAAGUAAACUGAGAAUGUAAAAUUUUGUAUUGUAAUCAGCUUGUGAAAACACAGAUACAGAAAAGCACAUUUGCACAUGAUAAAUCAUGCACAGAAUCGCUUUAAUAGAAAGUGGGCCUAAGAAUCCUAUUGAAACGUGCACAGAAUCGCUUUGAUGGAAAGUGGGCCUAAGAAUCCUAUCGAAACGUGCACAGAAUCGCUUUAAUGGAAAGUGGGAAUAAGAAUCCUAUCAAAACAUGCACAGAAUCGCUUUAAUAGAAAGUGGGCCUAAGAAUCCUACCAAAACGUGCACAGAAUCGCUUUAAUAGAAAGUGGGCCUAAGAAUCCUAUCAAAAUGUGUACAGAAUCGCUUUAAUGGAAAGUGGGCCUAAGAAUCCUAUCGACAACACACUGUACAAACUAGUUUUGCAUAGAACUUGUCAUAAACUAAGAGACUAAUAUCAGUGACUGAUGUCACAGUUUGUACAGUUAGACAGAAAGUGUGCAUAUAUUUCAUCAAACCAAUGUAGAACCACCAAUUUUAUGUUUUUCUGCUUCCAUAUUUAUCAUUAAAGGAUUUGGUUUAAUAUAUUGAAACCAGUACCAAAAAUUUAAAACCUUAAAAAUCAACUAAUUUUCACAACCUGAAAUAUACUUUUCAUCAAAUAUGGUAGGCAUUUACUAGUGUACUGUUACAUUAGCAGAUCAAGAAUUAUUUAGAAGUUAAUGAUGGCAUAUCCUGGUUCUACUAGUAUGUCAUUUAAAUGAAAGCCAGGUAUGCACAGUGUCUGUGGUAAUGUAUUUUAAAGAGUUGAUAAGCUUUAUUCAAAUGAGCUUUAUUCAAAUAUUACGUGUUCAUAUGUAUUGUUUACUAAUCAAUUUGUAUAUCACUGACUAGAUAUGUUAAUAUAUAAGUAUUUAGAUUUUAGCCUAUAUAAAAUAGUAUAAUCUUAGAUCUUUUUUACAUAUUGUUGAUGUACAUGUAUAUAAAAUGAGAUAACAGCAUGCGACGCUUACGUCUUAGUCCGUAGUCAUUUGUUACCAUAAUUACUAGUAUACAGAUUGAUGAACACAAAAUAAACUGCAAUGUCAAACAAUUUUUCCCAGAAAAUGGUCUAAGCACACUCAUUUUCCAUGACUAAACAAUUAUUUUGCAAAAUUAAAAUAAAAUUUACCAGUUGUUUUUAAAAUUGGCAGUUGUCAAAUUUGGCAAAGGACUGUUAAACAGAUCCAAAAAUAUAAUAGAUGACAUUUCAUUUAAUGCCAAAUUGUUUUUUAAAUUGCCAUGGGAGACAAAUUGUUAAGUUCGAGGCCUGAAAAGGUGACAUUACUUCACAAUAUAUUAUAUUUUAAAAAACAAAAAGAUUUUAGAAAAAAAGACAGCCUCCCCCAAGAAGUAUGGAAUUAAAAUUCUAUACUUUUUUUAUUUUACACUUGAAGAAGUUAGUGGGUGGAGGUGGAAUGUGGUAGCCUCUUUCUUUUGUCAGUGUGAGCUCUUAGUUGUCCUCUGGACAAACCUAAACUACUAAAUUACGCUCUAUUUUCCUCUUAAUGCAUUGAAACUAUUCUUCCAAAAUGAAUUCAUUAUGCCUUUACUGGUGCAACUUGGGCUUGAACUACAACCCUAAGUGCAAAGCAGAGACUGGAAUGUAAAUGUUUUGAAGACCAAUGACUGUGGCUUUCAAAGAACUAGUACUGGACCUUAUGGUAAGUGUGGCCUAUUGCUGUUUCUUCAAAAACAGAUACUAUUAUUAGGAAUGUUUUAUGAUUGUUUAUUUCUUAGCACAUUGCCUAUUAUUAUUGUUUUAUUAUAGCUUGUUUUCUUGGUGAACAGAUAUUAUCCGUUGCAAUUAAUGUUUUGUCACAGCUUGUUACUUGGUAAACCGAUAUUGUCUAUCAUUAUCAAUGUUUUGUCACAGCUUGUUACUUGGUAAACAGAUAUUGUCUAUUAUUAUCAAUAUUUUGUGACAGAUUGUUACUUGGUAAACAGAUACUGUCUAUUAUGAUCAAUGUUUUGUCACAGCUUGUUACUUGGUAAACAGAUAUUGUCUAUUAUUAUCAAUAUUUUGUGACAGAUUGUUACUUGGUAAACAGAUAUUGUCUAUUAUUAUCAAUGUUUUGUCACAGCUUGUUACUUGGUAAACAGAUAUUGUCUAUUAUUAUUAAUGUUUUAUGAUACUUGUUUCUUGGUAAACAGACACUGUCUAUUAUCAUUGUUUUGUGACAAUUGAUCAAAUCAUUUUAGGCUUUGUUACUUAAAAUGUAGACUAGUAUUUUAAGAUACCAGGUUGUUUUUAUUUACAGUAAAAGUCCUUAUUAAUGUUAAAUUUGUUUGUUUAGAUGAAAAUAUUUUUGUUUAUCAAAGGCCAAUAGAUUGUAUAUCACAUUUACCACAUUAUCUAAGCAUACCUUUAUAUUUUUAUGUACUUACAUUUCUCUAUUAAUAAAAUUAAUAUUCAGA